CACACGAUAUUCAGGCUGCUGUGCGCAUUUUAAAAUGUGGAAAUGCUCGUAAGAUCGCGAACCAAAUAAGCCUUGAUUUAUAUAACACUCCACCAUGAUGUGAAUGUUAAUUUUAACGACGCGUCAGAAUCGUUCAGAGAACAAAAAAAACCUAAACAGCUGCUGCCAUCCCCGAUUGGUCAGAAAUGACUACAUGCCCGCCUCUGUCGUAAGUCUAUUGGCUACUCGUCUACGACGCUCACCUCCGAUUGGCUGAAGCAUCUGUUGUUUCCGCUGCAUGUCAGCUUCACUGUGGCGUUUUGUGAGGACCUCUGUUGAUCCGAAUUCAAAACACAAAACCUUGGGAUACUGAGUGGUUGGCCAUGGCGUCUGACUCCCCGCGCAGACCGAGCCGCUGUGCUGGUGGGGUUGUGGUUCGAGCACAGGCUGCAACAGAACAGUCAUACAUGGAGAGCGUAGUUACGUUCUUGCAGGAUGUAGUCCCUCAGGCAUACACUGGGACACCUCCAAAUGAUGAAAAAGAAAAGAUAGUUUGGGUCCGUUUUGAAAAAACAGACAUCAAUGAUGUGGCCCGCCUACCAGAGUUCCAAGAGAUGCAUGGCAGCGGCACUGACCCGCCUCUCUGCUUGAUGAUUGGCUACACCGAUGGAAUGCAGAUUUGGAGCAUAUCACUGAAUGGGGAGGCGCAGGAGCUGUUCUCGGUGCGACACGGGCCUGUACGAACUGCUAGGAUCCUGCCUGCUCCACAUAUCAGUUCCCUCAACACUGACAGCUUUGCUGAGAAACGGCCCCUCCUCGGCGUGUGCAAGAGCACGGGCUCUUCGGGGACAAGUCCCCCUUACUGUUGUGUGGACCUUUAUUCCUUGAGGACAGGAGAGAUGGUCAAGUCCAUUCAGUUUAAAACGCCCAUCUAUGAUCUGCACUGCAACAAAAGGAUCCUCGUUGUUAGUCUUCAAGAAAAGAUUGCUGCUUUUGACAGCUGCACCUUUAUGAAAAAGUUCUUUGUCACAAGCUGCUACCCCUGUCCUGGGCCCAACCUCAACCCUAUAGCUCUGGGAAGCCGGUGGUUGGCCUAUGCUGAGAACAAGCUGAUCCGGUGUCAUCAGUCCCGUGGUGGGGCCUGUGGAGAUAAUGCCCAGUCCUACACUGCCACUGUCAUCAGUGCUGCUAAAACAUUGAAGACGGGCCUGACCAUGGUGGGUAAGGUUGUGACCCAGCUUGCUGGUACGCUGCCAUCAGGGGUUCCUGACGAGGAGAGCACUGCCCACAGUGGCACCCGCCGCAGCCCUCACCAACCUGGCGUGGUCACCAUCAUAGACACACACACUGUGGGAGAAGGACAGGUUCUUGUUAGUGAGGAUUCUGAUGGAGAAGGAGUGAUUGCGCAUUUUCCAGCACACGAUAAGCCUAUAUCCUGCAUGGCGUUUAACCCGAGUGGUAUGUUACUGGUGACCACAGACACCCUUGGCCAUGACUUCCAUGUUUUCCAAAUCGUGACUCACCCAUGGGCGUCUUCCCAGAGUGCAGUUCAUCAUCUAUACACUCUUCACAGAGGAGAGACUGAGGCUAAGGUGCAGGACAUCUGCUUCAGCCAUGACUGCCGCUGGGUGGUGAUCAGUACUCUUCGCGGCACCUCGCAUGUCUUUCCCAUCAACCCAUAUGGUGGAGCGCCAUGCGCACGCACACACAUGUCUCCCCGUGUGGUCAAUCGCAUGAGCCGUUUCCAGAAAAGUGCCGGACUGGAGGAAAUCGAGCAAGAGCUGAGUAGCAAACAGGGCGGCCGAUGUAGCCCCAUUCCUGGCCUUUCCAGUAGCCCAUCCGGAUCACCAUUACAUGCCAAACUCACCAGUCAAGAAUCCUAUAACAACUUCACCAACAACAACAUGGGUAACCCACGCCUGUCUCCAUUACCCAGUUUGACGGUCGUGCUACCAUUGGCUCAGAUCAAGCAACCGAUGACCUUGGGCACCAUCACCAAGCGCACUGGACCCUACCUCUUUGGGGCUGGAUGUUUUUCCAUUAAAACUCCAUGCAAAGCCAAGCCGCCUCCCCAAAUCUCACCCAGUAAGUCCAGUGGUGGGGAGUUCUGCGUGGCUGCAGUCUUCGCCUCCUCCCGCUCUUGGUUCAUCACCAACCCCAACAUGAAGAGAGAGAAAGAUCAGUCUCGCCAGGCUGUUGUUGAAUCGCUGUACAUCCUGAGCUGCUACGGAAACCUGGUGGAGCAUGUGCUGGAGCCUCGACCAAUCAGCACGGCGCAAAAGAUAGGCGACGACACGCCUCUGGAGCUGAACACCUGUCCGAGAGCCUGUUGGAAUCUAGCCAGGACACCGCAGUGGAAUGAGCUACAACCACCUUUCAACAGCAACCACCCCUUGGUGCUGGCCUCAGACUUCGUGCAGUACUAUCAGUACCUCCUGGCUGGAUUGGUACCUCCUGGCAGCCCUGGUCCCAUCACCCGGCAUGAGUCUUAUGACAGCCUGGCCUCCGAUCACAGUGGCCAGGAGGAUGAAGAAUGGCUCUCACAGGUGGAGAUUGUUACCCACACUGGCCCUCACCGAAGACUCUGGAUGGGCCCUCAGUUUCAGUUCAAGACCAUCCAUCCAUCAGGUCAGACCACUGUCAUCUCCUCCAGCUCCUCUGUACUUCAGUCACAGGGGCCCAGCGACACCCAGCAGCCUCUUCUUGAUUUCGACACAGACGACCUAGACCUGCACAGCCUCAGGAUUCAGCCGGUACGUUCAGAGCCUGUUAGCAUGCCUGGCUCUUCUCGUCUGGUAGACCGUAGAGGCCAGUCCACAGUCAUAGAUACCGGCUCAGGUAUAUCCUAAAGGACGCUCUUUCUGCCGUUUAUCAUUUCCGCCUUUUCUUUUUAUUAUCAAUUAUUAUUAUUUCCUUUUUUAAGCAUGCACAUCCACUCCAUCACUCCUCCCCUUUCAUCCUCCUUUCCUCCCUUCAUUUCCUUCAUUGAUUUACCAUCAAUAUGUGUGAGAGUCAAGAAGAAAGGAGAGGAGUGGAGAGAGGAGAGGACGAGAGAGAGGAGGGCCACAGCCCAGCCCAGCACCCCCGCCACCGGUGCGCUUAGGGACGCUAGUGCAAAAAUGUGGAUCAAAAAGCAACUAAUGACCGCCGUGUAACCAACACUUACCUACAAUGCCAGUUGGCUCGUGUUUUGCGAAAUUUUCAGACUGAAAGUUAUGUUCAAAAUGGCCUCGGAAGGAGGAGUAUUGCACAAUACCGAAUUCAGGGCUGUGCCACAAUGUAGUUUAGGUGGCAACAAGUCGUGAUUUUACUGUGUCAAACAUAGCCUGCAAAUAGCACAAACAUAUCAGUGUUCAUUAGUAAAUGAGUUGAUCUGAUAGAAGUAAAAGCACAAAAAGCCAAAUGUAUGUGUACAUUUGCUCCCCUGAUCUGGUGACAUUUAUUAUCUACUGUAUAGUGGAGCUUCAACUGGUGUUCUGAAGCUGCCAGCUAUAUGGAUAUGUUUUGGAAUAUACAGCAAUAUUAUUUGAAAAGACAAAAAAGCUUUAGAUGAGUAAACUGUCAUUGACAGUACUGGAGUUUUCCAUCAGGUUCAUUUUUGCAGUUGUUUGAUAUAGAUGUUAUCUAGUGUUUGAAGUGUACAUCUAACACAGUAUACUAACCAGAUGCAAAACAAUACAGCGAUAAUUUAACUCUCCUUGUUAAUCAGUUUUUGUUCGAACCAGUUUUUCUGCUCUAAUGUUCAUUAUGUCCAUAAGGCCUAUAAGCCUGUUUUUGAAAGAAGUUGCUUAUGCUCACCAAAGCUGCUUUAAUUAAUCAAAAAUACAGUAAAAACAUUAAUAUUGUGAAAUAUUAUUGCAGUUGUUUUCUAUUUUAAUAUAUUUUAAGAUGUAAUUUAUUCCUGUGAUGACAAAGCUAAAUUUUUGGCAGCCAUUACUCCAGUCUUCAGUGUCACAUGAUCCUUCAGAUAUCAUUAUAAUAUGAUGAUUUACAUUUCUUGUUAUUAUCAAUAACAGUAUUAUAAUGUAGCUGAAAACAGUUGUGCUGCUUAAUAUUUGUGUGGAACCAUGAUGCAUUUUUCAGGUUUCUUUGAUGAAUGGAAAGUUCAAAAGAACAUCAUCUAUUUGAAAUGGAAAUCGUGUUAAAUGUCUUUACUGUCACUUUUGAUCAAUAUAAUGUGGCCUUGCUGAAUAGCAGUAUUAAUUUCUUUAAAAAAAAAAAAAAAAAAAAAAAAAAAAGUACAUUAAUAUGCAUUUCUUUUCUUUUCAAUUCAUUGUAUUUUCCUUCUUUACAUUCAAAUUCAAAAUCACAGUUUCUGUAAUUGUGAUUUUUGCGUUCAUUGUGAGCAGAGAAAUUGCUGGACGCUAGUUAGAACAUAUUAUUUCAUUCCAGGGAUUCUCACUAUAACCCAUGUCCUAAAAAGGCACGAUUGACCACUGGUUAUCACUUAGAAUUUAUAGCACAAAUUCACAGUAUUGCUGCUCAGUAUGUUGUAAAAUAAUCUGUUUAAAUAAUAACCCCUGGCCAUGUUUGCUCUGUGAUGUUACUAAUGCCAUAACUGGUGAAGUUGUGUCUAUAUUCGGCGUGCGUCUAGAAAAAUAAAACAAAUUGAAAUAUUUAUGCUCAAAAAUGUUUCUUCUUUCUGCUUUUGUGCCCCAACUAUCCAUUUAUCAUUGGCGUGUUUAGAGUGUGCAAGUUGCUUUGUACAUAUCAGCUUGUUGGAACACCACCUGUGAUGCUGGAAUAGAUUUUGGACAAAACCUGUGUUUAACAGACCUCACUGGCUUCAUGUGUGCACCCGUGUGUAAGAUACACAAGACAGUAGGACUGAAAAGUAGGAUGUGUUUGUCUGUGUACUGCAUUUUUAAUGAAUGAAGUCUUGCUGUGUUUGAACUUUGUAAUCAUCUGCAGGAUAUUGGCAGGCGGCUGCAGCUUUGUGCUGUAUCUAAAUUGUACCAAGUGUUCAUGUCUUUCCGUAUCCCUUGAUAUCACUGGAGUUCUUUUAUGAAGGUGGAGAAAGAACAAAAUCGGCACAUGCUCCUAGACAUCCCAUGCAAGUUAGCAUCACCAUUUACAUGGAUGAACAGAAGCUAUAUUACUCACCUAAAGUACAGUAAGGCCUGUUUUCAUCAGGCGUUAAAGGGAUAGUUUAUCCAAAAAAAAUGAAUAUUCUUUAAUUAUUUACUCACCCUCAUGUUGUUCCAAACCUGUAUGAUUUUCUUUCUUUUGUGAAACACAAAAGUAGUUAUUUUGAAAAUUGUUUGUCUUUUUUGUCCAUACAGUGAAAGUCAAUGGGGUCCAAAAGUUGAUCCAAACAUUUCUUAUUAUCAAUGUUGAAAACACUUGUGCUGCUUAAUAUUUUUUAUGAUUACCAUGAUACAUUUUUUGUAGGAUUCUUUGAUGAAUAGAAAGUUUAAAAGAAAUGCAUUUAUUUGAAAUUGUAAGAUUAUUAAAGUUCUUACUGUCACUUUUCAUGGAUUUAAUGCGUCCUUGCUGAAUAAAAGUCUAUAAAACAUAAAUCUUACUCACCCCAAACUUUUAAAUGGUAACUUUGCUCUUUUUACGGCAUUAGAAUUUAUUUGAAUUUCAUUUCAUUUCAUUGUAAUUCUAUUUCCUUACAUUUAAAUUGCGGUUUCUGUAGGUGUCCACAAAAUGUGUUUGGUGUCCACAAAAACAUGGACAAAAACAGUUGAAACAUUUUUAAAAAUAU